AUGGGUAAACCAACUUAUAUUCUUAUCAUACGACAUGGGGAGUCUGAGGGUAACUGUGAUAAAUCAGUUAAUUCAUAUACGCCCAAUCAUCUUGUCCCAUUAACUACAAAGGGCCAUUACCAGUCUCUCGAAGCAGGCAAAGCCUUAGCUAAAUUCGUCCAGCAUCAAGCAGUGAAGGACUCAAGUAGUAAGCGCAGUCGAAGAUCAAUCAUGUUUUACACUUCACCAUAUCUACGAACAAGACAAACUUGUAAUAACAUCAUCGAAGGCAUUAAAGAUGAGCCAGGAAUUGAAUAUCGGGUACAGGAGGAAACACGAAUGCGAGAACAGGACUUUGGCAAUUUUCAGAAGUCAAAGGAGGAAAUGGAACAAAUUUGGGAGGAAAGGGCACACUAUGGACACUUUUUUUAUCGAAUACCGCAUGGAGAAAGCGCCGCUGACGUUUACGAUCGAGUGGCAACAUUCAAUGAGACAUUAUAUCGUCAGUUCAAAUCUGAAGAUUUCCCAAACAUAUUGGUUUUGGUUACACAUGGGAUCUGGUCAAGGGUAUUCCUCAUGAAAUGGUUUAAAUGGACCUAUGAAGAGUUUGAGUCGUUGAAGAACAUUCCCCAUUGUCAGUAUUUAAUCAUGAAGAAGGAUCCUAAAACGCAAAAGUAUCACUUAAAGACAAAGCUUCGCACGUGGGAAGAUACAGAUGAUACUUGGAUGCAACAUGAAGUUGUUAAAGAGUUUGGGGAUGAGCUUGAUUGUAAAAAUAUAGGGGAAGAAUUGGAUGAUGAUGAGAUUGAUGCCCUCGUAGAUGCUCAAAAAGAAGCCAUCAAUUCCACCAAGCUGAAGGAUAAAAAGAUUGAGGAAACGUAUAAGAAUUUGCAGGUGAGGGGAUUGAUCCGAAAUGGAGGUUCCAAGUUUAAAGUGGAUAACCAAAGUGUUCAAAAUAGCAUGGAAAGUCUUGUUCACUCACCUUAA